ACAAAAUUUGGAAUUAAAUUAAUCAAUACAUCCUUGAAUUUCAACUAACAACAAAACUAGGAACCUGUGGAUCAAUGGCUGAACUAGUAUAUAUAGAUAGAUCACAGUGCUAAAUGCUGAGUAGAGAUAGUUUACUCUGCAAAAACAAAAAUGGAGAUGCAAAUAAUUUCCACAACUUGCAUUACACCUUCAUCACCAACCCCUUCGUACCUCAGAACCUACAAAAUCUCUCUUCUAGACCAACUUAUGCCAUCUACGUGCUAUCCGACCAUUCUUUACUAUCCCUUUCCUCAACUACAGACACAAACUGAUACGAUCAUUUCUAAGCGAUCGCUACUUCUAAAGCAAUCAUUAUCGGAAACAUUAUCCCGUUUCUACCCUCUUGCUGGAAGGAUUAAAGACAGCCUUUCCGUUGAUUGUAAUGACGAAGGGGUGUGCUAUGUCGAAGCCAGAGUUAAAAAUAUUUCCUUGUCUGAAUUUCUUGACAGGCCUGACCUCUGUUCAAUGGGAAAGUUGUUGCCGCUUUUUGUUUCAUUGCCAACUGAGACUACCGGAUCUUUUGCCAUUAAGAUACAAGAAACUACCUUUGCUUGUGGCGGCUUGGCUAUCGGGUUUUUUGUUUGUCACACAGUGUGUGAUGGAAUUGCUUUCUCGUCUUUCCUUAAAGAUUGGGCUGCCACAGCGGCAUUCAAGUCCUGCGAAGAGAAUACUAAUGUUCAUGAUAUUCUUCGGCCUUACUUAGAUAGCUCAUCUGUAUUUCUACAGAAUGAUGCAUUCUCAAAAGAAGUACGGAAUACAGCUGAUUUGUCUCGUCCGUUUAUCAAGAAAAUGAAGCUCAGAACAAAAAGAUUUGUUUUUGAUUCGUCAUCAAUUGCGUGUCUUAAAGAUGAGGCAAUCAGGUUAGGAGUAGAAAACGCGACCCGGCUUGAGGUGGUGAUUGCAGUGCUGAGCAAAUGUCUGAUGCGGAUUCUUAACGCAAAAUCAGGUACUGACAAGCCGCUUGCGGUAAUCCUUGCUGUGAACUUGCGAAGAAGAGCUGCGCCGCCGUUUCCAGAAUGCUCAUUUGGUAACUUCGUUUUGCAAGCGGAAGCAGUGUUUAAACCAGAAGAAGCAGAAUUGAGCAGUUUAGUGCACCAGCUGAAGGAAUCAGUCGGAAAAUUUAAUGCUGAAUUUGUGAAGAAAUUACAAGGAGAUGGAGGAUACGCAGAACUUGAUAAAAUGCUGACAAGCACAAGUAAAACACUGAGUGGCAGCAGCCAAGAAGGAUCCGAAUUUGUAAUGUUUGGGAGUUGGUGUAAUUUUGGAAUGUAUGAGAUUGAUUUCGGAUGGGGAAAGCCAGUGUGGACUAGUUGGGUUGGCUCAGGUCAUACGUCAAAGAUUGAUUCUGUCAACUCCAUCGUUCUUUUCGAUACAGGUAAGGACAAAGGGAUAGAAGCAUGGGCGUAUUUAGACGAACAAGUUCUACUUUUACUGGAGAAGGAUGAAGAUCUUCUUCAAUAUGUUUGUGUUGAUCCAAACCCUUAAGAUAUUAAGUUGUGUUUUUACUAUGUACUGUUUGAUUGAAAGGAGUAUUUUUAAAAGCAUCAGGUAGGCCAAGGGUGUGCACACAGCUUGGUUCAGUUUGAGUCAGAAAAAUCUAAAAAUCA